AAAUACUAUCAAAAACUAUGUUUACAAAAAUUUUGGUAAUUGUAAUUUCUCUGAUAAAUAUCAUUGAGAAAGUCGAAUCAAAUGCUGGUUUUCAAUCGUCUCAUCUUUUCGUACCAUCUGUCAAGUAUACCUACGCCACUCCCUUGCAGUAUCCAUCGACUGGUAAUUAUUUUCCUAGCAACACCAAUACGCUGCAAUAUCCAUUAAACAGUGGCUAUUACCCGGUAGUUAGUGGUUCUAUUUCCGGACAGUACCCAGGUGUGAUAUUCCAUCCCAUAUUUGGUCCUAUUCAAGGACAGAUACCUCAACAACCACCUAUAGCUAGUAUACCCACAGCGCCUCAAGGAGAUAUAAUACCUCCAGGAGGUGUUCUUUUGGAUAGUGAUACUGUUUCUGUUGAUGCUGCUUAUUGAUGACAAAG